AAACUAUCGCGUUCGCAUAUGCGAUCGGGCUGUUAGCGCAGUGCGGUGCGGUGCGGUUUUUCGGUCGCGCGACAUCACCUCGUUUGUCCGCCGCGUAUGUCCGUUUGUGCGAUUGCGUGAAGUAAAAAGAAGAAAUACGCGAAGACACGCAGCUGGAGAGAAGAGGAAGAAAUAAAAAAAAAAGGAGCACGCGUCGCGACGAGGGCCAAGUGCGAGCGCGAGUCUCCCGCGUCAAGUCGAUGUUGCGCAGAAUUCGCGGGUAAACAGUGAAUUAUCGUUAUCGCGCGACGCUCGAUUGCUUCUGAGUUCUGGAAUUAGAAGGAUCGACGCGUCAAGUGGCGCGGCGCAUUAGAACGAUGCCGCGGCAGCGAGCGCGUCGUCGACCCAGCGAGAGUGUCGCGAGUGAAUCGCGUUGAAUCAGAGUAAUUCAGUUCGGUAAUUCAGGUUGCGCGAUUAACAAAUCGAGAAUUGACGGGAGUCUGCCGUGAGACGAUCGGUGAUGGUGAUGGUGAUGGUGAUGGUGAUGAUUUGCGAAUAAAUUUCCGCUGAAUUUACGAAACGCAAUCAAGUCUGCGAGGAGCGAAAUGAGUGUCGCCGUCGCGGCGAUCAGCGUGCGUCGCGGCUGCCGCUCGUCAAUUUGAGUUCGUCGAUCGAUCGAUCGAUCUCGACGCCCGUCCGCUGGAAUCUGAGAACCGUCGUUGGGUCAUACGGCUUCGCGGCCUUGUCUAAUCGCCGGUGGGAACUCGUGAUUGUAGGCGCUACGACGAUGCACGCUCCGCGGCGAACCUGCCUCGCGGAUUGCGAGCUCUCCUCGUAAGCGGCUCGGCUUACCCGCGGAAUUCUACACGGUAGAUCGACAGCGCGGUGCCCCGGCUCUUCUAACUCGGCGCACUUUCACCGGGUCGCUUGAACGAAAGGUGUAUCGGGGAAAAGAUGACGGGAAGUAGUAACAACAAGAUGGGCCAGGCGGUGACCUCGGGAGUCCGCGGCGACGGCGGAAAGCACACGGUUCACUGGUUCCGCAAGGGACUCCGGCUGCACGACAACCCCUCGCUGAAGGAGGGUCUCGCGGGGGCGUCCACUUUCCGGUGCGUCUUCGUGCUGGACCCCUGGUUCGCCGGAAGUACCAACGUCGGCAUCAAUAAAUGGAGGUUCCUGCUGCAAUGUUUAGAGGACCUAGACUGUUCCCUGAGGAAACUAAAUUCCCGGCUGUUUGUGAUCCGGGGACAGCCGGCCGACGCGCUCCCUAAGCUCUUCAAAGAAUGGGGCACGACGAACCUGACGUUCGAGGAGGAUCCAGAGCCAUUCGGCCGCGUGCGAGAUCACAAUAUUUCGGCGCUCUGCAAAGAGCUCGGUAUCUCGGUGGUCCAAAGGGUCUCGCAUACUCUCUACAGACUAGAUGAGAUCAUAGAGAGAAAUGGUGGGAAACCGCCGUUGACCUAUCAUCAAUUUCAAAACAUCAUCGCCAGCAUGGACUCGCCGGAACCUCCGGUACCCACGGUGACGGCCGCCUGCAUCGGCAGCGCCUAUACACCCCUAAAGGACGACCACGACGACCAUUACGGGGUGCCCACCCUCGAGGAACUCGGCUUUGAUACGGAAAAUCUGCUGCCCCCGGUGUGGGUCGGCGGCGAGAGCGAGGCCCUGGCCAGGCUCGAGCGUCACCUCGAGAGGAAGGCGUGGGUGGCGAGCUUCGGCAGGCCGAAGAUGACACCGCAGUCCUUGUUGCCGAGUCAGACCGGGCUGUCGCCUUACCUACGAUUCGGCUGUCUCAGUACGCGGUUAUUCUACUAUCAGCUCACCGAUCUGUACAAGAAGAUAAAGAAAGCGAUGCCACCGUUGUCGUUGCACGGGCAGCUUCUCUGGCGCGAAUUCUUCUACUGCGCCGCGACGAAGAAUCCGAAUUUCGAUCGGAUGCAGGGCAAUCCGAUUUGCGUGCAGAUACCGUGGGACAAGAACGUGGAGGCGCUCGCAAAGUGGGCAAACGGUCAGACCGGAUUUCCGUGGAUUGAUGCGAUCAUGACGCAGCUGCGGGAAGAAGGUUGGAUACAUCACCUGGCCAGACACGCGGUGGCUUGCUUCUUGACCAGGGGCGACCUUUGGAUCUCAUGGGAGGAGGGAAUGAAGGUGUUCGACGAGCUUCUUUUGGACGCCGAUUGGUCCGUGAACGCCGGCAUGUGGAUGUGGCUGUCGUGCAGCUCGUUCUUCCAACAGUUUUUCCACUGCUACUGCCCCGUACGAUUCGGCAGGAAGGCCGAUCCGAACGGCGACUACAUCAGACGCUACCUGCCGGUGUUGAAGAACUUGCCGACCAGGUACAUACACGAGCCCUGGAACGCGCCGCUCAGUAUACAGCACGCCGCCAAGUGCAUCAUCGGCAAGGAGUACUCGCUGCCGAUGGUGAACCACAGCAAGAGCUCGCGCAUCAACAUCGAGCGGAUGAAGCAGGUGUACCAGCAGCUGAACAAGUACCGCGGUAACGGAACCUCGUUCAAGGGAGAGAACAUCGGCUUGCUGAACGCGUUGCUGGCACCGCCGGCGAAGGACGGCGACGAGGAGAAGAGGAAGCAGAACUUGUCGAGUCGGGGGAACGAACAGAAAAUGAAGACCAUCGGCAGUCCCACGCAACAGCAACAGCAGCAGCAGAAGCAGCAGCAGCAGCAGCAGCAGCAGCAGUGACUGUCGGUACAGCGAUCUGGCUAAUCUGGUUAACGUGAUAACGCUGAUAUUAUCCUUUUUAUGGACUUUAAAAGCGACCUGAAAAUUCCACAUGAGUCCUACAUCUCUAAAUUGUUUCAAUUAACCCUUAACCAACCGCGAGAAGACCCGUUGAUUAUGAUUGACGUAAUCGGUGCUUUUUUUUAAUAACUCAACUUUUUCCCAGUAUCAUCGGGAAUUAUUGUCGCAUUUAGCCAAUUUCCAUAAAUCAUGUUUAAUACGUAUUAAUAUGAGAUGUAUAAAAUUUUUAUAAUCUUUAUACUUUUUCGCGAUUCCAGGCGCGCGACGAUUGUUAAGGGUUAAUUCUAAAAUCGAUAUAUCGGAUAUAUUGCGUGGAAUACACGCAGACCUGCGUCGAGGAGCACUAUUUUUAUUAAAAAAAAAAAAAAAAAAGAAAACGUAUCACAUGUAGAAAGGGUUUAAAACAUAAAACGUUUUAGCUGCGAAAUACGGGCAUAACUUAACGAGCGUGUUACGCGAGCGAAUCUAAUGCGUUCGCCUAGGAUAGAUUUAUCGUUACAACUCGUACCUUUGCCACACAAUUUGUAUGCAAUUUUAACGCCUCUCGCAACGUAUUGAUUAACAGCCGUACCGUCUAGAUUUUUUUAUAGCUGUAAAUUAUGAUUGUAAAUAACGAAUAAGACGUACGUCGUAAAAGGACAUUAUUCAUGCGUGCAUAAAUGUCACUUACCUUCCUCAUGAUGUCCCUUUCCCCGUGAAUCUCUUACGUUAGAACUCAUCGUUCCUCCCUGUCUCCCGCGCGGCGCAACUUUAGAUAGAAGCUGAAUAAUGCUCUCGGAUAAGCGAUGGAAAACGUAAAACGGAGACGCAUCGCGGUACGUAGUCGCAGUGGAAUGAACUUCGGCCGACUUGACAAAAUGAACAUUUAAUGGUCUAUCUGUCACACUUUGCGCUUUAAUGGCACCUCAAUCCGGAGAUCCUCGAUGCAGCUCGACGGGUACCGCCUUUCUGCUACAAAAAGUUGAUAACACGGUGUUUCACGUCUAUUGUAUAUCACUAUUGCCCAUGCGCUUAAACGCUAGACUGAAGCUCGAUGCUCGCUCUCUUUUUCUCUCUCUCUCUCUCUGUCUCUCUCUCUCACUCUUUCUCUCUCUUUCUCUCUCUCUUGCUCUCAUCGUUUCGCGAGACUCGCCUAAAAUUGAAACGUUCACGACUCCCGUUCACAAACGCGACGGUGCGCUCUUCCGUUUACAAACGGGGCACGGUACAACGCAUCGCGCGCCCCAACUCUCGCGCGGCUUCGUUAUUAAAUACAGAAGAAAAUUAAAAAAAAAUGUAAUAAACGUAAAGACAAAAAAAAUUAUACAACAAUGAAACACACGGGGAUUCGUAACACGCACGCGCAAUAUGCAUCGCAAUUACGUAUAUAUGUGUUUGCCGGCGUGCGCGUAAAUACCGUCUCGUCGACCCCCGGCGGACAGAACUCAUGCCACACAGUCGGUUUUUCUUUAUUCUUUUUUUUUUCAUGUCAACAAAUGAUAUAUUUUUAGUGCCUAUAGUACUUAUGGUUUUACAGUACAUUUCUCAUUAGAUUUAAACAAUUACAAAUGAACAUUCUCAACACUCAAAAACGGAACUAACAUUUCUCACGCACGUUAUUUCUCUCUUCUUUCUCUCUCUCUCUUUUUCUCUCUUUCUCUCUCAUGCACUCACGCUUUCACUUCUCUCCCAUUUUUUCUUUCAUUCUCUCAAUUCUCUCUCUCUCUCUCUCUCUCUCUCUCUCGCGCGCGCACUCUUUCUCGCGUUAACUUAUUUUGUUUCACGUGUG